AUGAUUUACAAUUGAAAGCUACUUGACAUCGAACGAUGAAGCCGAUCCUUGCGGUCUAAGUUCAUGCGACUUUAGUGGAUUAAAUGAUGCGCAGACGAUUGUAUUUCAUUUAAUCACACGCGAUCUUCGCGGAUGAAUAACGAGCAUUCGAAAUAUACUUUACGAGACUGAGGAGUGUUGAAUAAGAAAAGUGAAUCUUAAGAUAAAACAGUUUAAACCUGCAAGAAGUAUAAACAUAUAUUUGACGUAGGUUUUUAUUGUGGUUCGGAGGUUAGAUUCGAAUUAAUUUAAAAUUUAGGCGCGUAGUGUUAAGCAAUGUGUACAUUAGAAAAAAUAGUGGCUAGUUCAAAGCAAUUCAAGUUUCCAAGCUGGACAUCUCAAGAAGUCACGCGUUACCUGCCGACGUUCAACAUCAGCAACUAUAAACAGCAUCUCCGUAGAUUUCUGUCUUUACCGAUGAGGUCACCGAAUAACGAUGACGUUAUAUCGCCUAGUUCUGCUGGCGUGCCCUCACAAAAUGAUAAUGACGUUUUCUUCACGCCGACGUCGUCACUUCCGCCGAAUCUGGAAAUAAAGUCACGUGAAAAGUUAAGGUUUGAUCCAUACCAGAUAUUUGAGGUGGAACAUAGGCCAUGCCUCAUCCUCGAGGUCAAGGUCGUCAGGGGUCGCAACAUCACCCUGGGUUGGAGAGAUUAUGUUGACACUCCGGACCCUUACGUAAAGCUGUUCAUAAGGACGGCUCCUGAAGGCAGGCGACAGACCAAAUCUCGCGAGAACGACAUAAAUCCCGUCUGGGAUGAGAAUUUCACGUUUUUACUCAACGACACAGAAACAAACGAAUUGGAAAUCUGGUUAAUGGAGGACAAUUCGCCGCUCAUGUACGACGAGAUUGUGGGGUCAGCGAAGUUUGACCUUGGUAACCUGACACGUGACAGGUGGCACAAGAAGACAUUCGUGUUUAACGAGGUGUCCGAGGUCGACAUAGAGAUGAAGAUUUCGCUAGAUCAGAAGCCUACGUUACGCUACAGUCUGUGCCUAUGUGAGCAGGAGAAGUCGUUUUUAACUCGUCGAAAGGUCAAGGUCAUGGAGGCUAUGAAACAGUUAUUGGGAGAAAAAGGGCCAAAAAAUGUGGACGAGGUGCCGACCAUCGGUAUCAUCGGUUCCGGCGGCGGGUUUCGAGCUAUGGUGGGCCUUAGUGGCGCCGUAAAGGGCCUCUACGACGCCGGUAUAUUCCAGUGCGCCACCUAUCUGUGCGGGCUCUCCGGGUCGUCAUGGUAUAUCUCCACCCUGUAUUCCCACCCAAACUGGCCGAAAAUGGCCCCUGGCGACAUGCAGGAUGAGCUGAAGAAUAACAUCGACUCCAGCAUACUGUGGCUGCUGAAACCGCAAACCGUUUACAGAUAUAUGGACAAUAUUAUGAAGAAGAGACGGAACGGCCAACCGGUCAGUUUUACCGACUUUUUUGGUCACAUGGUCGGGGAGACUUUACUAGGCAACAGGUUCGACUGUCGGCUGUCGGAUCAGCAGACGAAGCUUACAGACGGCGCGAUACCGAUGCCUCUGCUUACAUGUGUGCACGUGAAGAAAGACAGAUCCGCUCGCAGUUUCCAAGAGUGGGUUGAGUUUUCACCAUACGAGAUCGGUAUGGCCAAGUACGGCACGUUCAUGCCGACGAAGAUGUUUGGCUGUAAAUUUUUCAUGGGGCAACUGGCCAAGGAGUACGAAGAACCUCCACUCCAUUUCCUGCAAGGUAUUUGGGGCAGCGCCUUCUGCAUCCUAUUUAAGCGUCUCUUCGAGGACAACAAACGCAUCGAUCCAGUGGAGAUGAUCCGACAGGAAAUGGCUAAGGCUCUGGAAGACAAUGAUCAGGAUGAGAGUAGCGACAGUAGCGACGAAGGAGAUUUUAACGACGAAGAGUCGUCAAUUAAGUUAGUGGACAACGUGAAGAAGUCUUCCACACUGCCUGCUAAUCUCAGACCUAACGGCUCAACCGGAAGCGGUCUUUCCGUGGACAGCGCUCCUAAACGUCAGGUUUCUACGAGGCGCACAAAACGCAAGGGAUACUGGACAGAGUUUCUGAAAGGAGUUUUUGAAAAUAAACGCUUCGAGUUACUGAGCACUCGCGCAGGUCGGGCCGGUGUGAUCCACAACUUCAUGAGAGGACUUUCUCUGCAACAGAGUUACCCCCUUUCUCCAUUUUCCCCCAUUACUAAUGUGCCACCGGAAAUUCCCAAAACAGUUGACGGAGCAGACGAAUCGGCACCGAGACCUCCUAGUGACGACUUCGACGGCAUCUUCGAGAUGCAUCCGACCACGGAGAAGCACCUGUAUGUGGUUGACGCGGGUCUCACGUUCAACUCGCCCUACCCCGUGGUGCUGCGGCCGCAGCGCGAGGUGGACAUCAUCCUGUCCUUCGACUUCAGCGCCCGACCCGGCGACUCAAGUCCGCCUUUUAAGGAGCUGCUUCUAGCAGAAAUGUGGGCCAAGAAGCACAAAGUGAUGUUCCCUCCCAUCGACACGACCGUGUUCGAUAGGGAGGGCAUGAAGGAGCUGUAUAUCUUCAGGCACCCCACUGAAGUCAACUGUCCCAUUGUCCUGCACUUCUGUCUCGUCAACGUCGAUUUCCGGCACUUCGUUAAACCUGGUUUGAGGCGAAGAACGAAAGAAGAAAAACAGUUCGCCGACUUCUACAUAUUUGAUGAUCCCGCAGCCCCAUAUUCAACAUUUAACUUCAAGUAUUCUCAUCUCGCAUUUGAAAGACUAUCUAAACUGACCGAGUUCAACGCCUUAUUAAACGUUGACACCAUCAAGAAGGUGAUCGUAGAGAUAAUUGAAAAGAAGCGUGCUGAGCCGCCUAAGUGCCCAUGCAAACUAGAAGAUGUGCCAUUACUACGGAGAGUGUCCCAAAAAAACAAAAACCGACUGUCAAAGUUCCUUUCACGUAUUCACAGCGGUCGAUUUAGUAAAAGAGAUGCCGCAAAACACCUUAGCGAGUCAAUCGAUGACAUUCCUGAGGAAACUCCACGAGGCGUAGAUGCACCUGAUAAUGUUCCAGACAAACACCAGUAUUUGCCAGUGACGAGCGAGAACAUACCGAAAAUUACACGAACACGCGCAAUUACUAGGAAAUCACCGCUUUCGAACGGGUCUUAUAAAUCGUUAAAUGCAGAAACGUCUCAAAAUACGCUGGGUUUGCCUAUUAGCAGCAUGUCGUUAGAUGUUUCAGGGGCGUCCAAGGAGGAUCAGGACACGGCGCUACGAGAUAUACCAGGACGAAGGAAACCCAUGCAACCGGAGAAAUCAAAACAGUGGCAAGAUUCAAAGUGUAACUCUAUUGACGAGGAUGACGGGGAUGCUCGAUUCUUUACUGCAAUUGAGUCUCCAAGAUAACACUGUUUCUGGGUUUGUUUUUACCAAAUCAUUCGUGAGUUUUUAACGCAAUUCAGAUCAAUAAGCGUUCGACGAAGUUUUCACUCAUGACCAUGGCGUUUAGUUAAAGAAGUGCGGUCAUGCAUCAAAAGGAGUAACGGUUUCAUCAGACUUUGAAUUAUUUAUGAACGUUUGAUACUAUAUAUCGCUCAUGGCACAUUUACUGAUAAAAGGCUUGAUAUAUGGAAAUGAAAAGUCCACUAUUUAUGCUUUUGAAGUUGCAUUUUGCGAUUAUAUAUUACCAACAAGGAACUGAGGUGUAAGACACAAACUUACAACACUUGACAUCGAAACAAUGAUAUGAAGAAUACGAAUAAUAAUAUGAAGAAACAAAUGAGGUUUGUACAGUGACUUCUGUUCGAAAACACAUUAAUUUCCACUAACAUUGCAAUAAACAUUCAAAGAUCAAAUGCAGAAAGUAGACACAUACGAGUUAUGCUUAAAUCGUGGUUCGAAAAACAAGCGAUUCAAUAUGAAGAGAGAUAACCGGAUUUAACUAUGUAAAACGUAUUGAAAGGAUACAAAAGUGCCAUCUGAAAAAGGAGGUAUGAGUGAACAAUGUAAAAUAUAAAUAAUUUAUACGACGACUGUGUCAUUCACGCAGUUUGCUCAUUUGAAUAUGUGAUAUGAUUGAUAGUAUUUUAUGUAUAUAUAAUAAUGUAUUACGAAGAUAAUGUAAUUAUAUGCAUUUUCUAUUUGUUAUCAAUAAAAAACUAUGAUGUACAUAAUA